GAAAGGCAUGCUGCUAUUCUCAUCCUUGUUCUUGUCCGUGUUCUUGUUGCUAUCUUUGUGGAGGAUGGCUCUGCAUUUUGUCUCCUUCUGGUUAUUGUUCACCAAUUUCCUUGUUCUUCUGCACAAUUUGGUGGCCAGGCAUGCUUUCAGGUAAUAACUUUUUCAUUUGCAGCUACAUAAUCGAUCCUACAAUUGAUCCCUUUAAUGACAGGGUUAAAGACACCGCUACGGACGAUGCAUUGCUCGAGUUCAUCAACCUCGAUUCAUCACCAGAGGAAGAAGAACCGCGUCUCGUUUUUAAAUUUCAGUAUCAGAUAUCUAAUCAGUCGCCAGUCAAUGAAGAAGAAGAACAAUCAUCCUCUGAAACAAGGAUUUGCGAUCGCGAGAAGGGUUUUAGCAGUUUGAACAAAAACAGCUUGAAUUCUGAAACUGGUUUGUUCGAUGAGGUUGUGGAAGAACUAAAUGGGUAUUUAUCUGAAAAGGAUAUUGAAAUCGAAGAAUUUACUGAUCCAUGCAGUCUUGGACCACAACUGGAUCCGUGGGAAGGAGAAGUGGAAUCAAGUGAAGUUACUGCGUCUGAAGAAGUGCAAUUAAAAAUUUGCGGUGAAGAUGAUGAAGUCUUGCUCAUGGAUGAUGAAUAUUCUGACAGAAAAGAGGUAGGACAUGCCACAAACACUUCUACUGGCACUGUCUCAUGUUCUUUAAAUUCAAGAACUGAGACCGGUUCGAUAUCGAUCCCCAAUUCUGAAAAAUUGGACAGUGAUCUUAGGGAGCAGCAACACCAUACUCAGAAGACAGAGAUGAAGAGCUCUGCUGGAGAGGACUACGAUGAGUUGGAGGCACUAUGGGAGCACCAGGAGCUCAUCGAGCAACUCAGGAUGGAGCUUCGAAAGCUCGAGGACAUCGGGCUCCCGACCAUUUUCGAGGAGUCAGAGAGCUCCAGGAGAUUGGAGGACCUGAAGCCACUGAUUUUGGACGAGAGCUUUCUCCAUGAGGACCCAAUGAACGAGAUGGAGAGGUCACACUGGAGCUACCGAGAAAGGAUGAGGAAGUUUGACAUCUUGAUCUACCAAAAGAUGUAUGCAAUAGGCAUUCUCCAGCUGAAGGAUCCUCUUCGGUCGGUCGGAUCAAGGAAGGCACAAGGACUAGCAAAAAGCUUUUCGUCGGUUAAUCGUAAAUCCAAUGUCGACCCAUCGCAGAAGAUGAUCAGUGAGAUACAAGGUGAUCUAGAAGUGGUUUAUGUUGGACAAGCAUGCCUCUCCUGGGAGUUCCUGAGAUGGCAGUAUGAGAAAGCAAUGCCUCAGCUUUUCAAUCAGUCGGGGCACCGGUUUUACCACCAGGUGGCCGGAGAAUUCCAGCAGUUCCAAGUGAACAUUCAGAGAUUCAUCGAGAAUGAAGUGUUUGAAGGGCCAAGACUGCCAUAUUACAUCAAAAGCCGCUGUGUUCUUCGCAAUCUUCUCCAAGUACCUGUUCUUAAAGAGGAUUGCUUGAAUGGCAUAAAUGGUGAAAUGAUGGAAGAAAUCAUGAAGCAGUCCAUCACAAUUUUCUGGGAGUUCAUCAAAGCCGACAAGGAUCAAACUGUUGGGAUACUCAAAGUGCUCAUGGGCACUCAUGUUGCACUGCAAGAUCCUUCAGAUGCCGGCCUGUUGGAAGACAUCCAAUUCGAGUUUAACAAGAAGGAGAAGAAGCUUAAGGACAUUACAAGGACAUGCAACUGCCUGGUGAAGUUCAGAAAACCUAAAGAGGACAAACUGAAUCAAGCUGUUUUGUUCUCUCAAGUGGACUUGAAGCUGGUUGCAAGGGUUCUGAGGAUGCCAAGGAUCACAACUGAGCAGCUGCUUUGGUGUCACAAGAAAUUGAGCAAAAUCAAGUUUGUAGAAAGGAGAAUCAUUAGGGAUCCAUCUUUCUUGCUGUUUCCAUGUUGAGAGUAAUUCUUCUCUAAAGGUUGGCGUUCUUCAGGUUCCAUUAUUAUUGUCAUUCAUUAUUGGAGGA